AUGGCCGAUCGAGCUGGAUAUCAACGCGGUGGUCGCGGGGGAGGAGGACGAGGUGAACAUAGAGGGGGACGUGGUGGGAGAGGAGGACAUGAAGGUAGAGGCGGACACAGUGGAGGCGAGAAACCAAAGAAGGAAAAUAUUCUUGAUCUGGGAAAAUAUAUGGAUAAGCAGAUCACGGUGAAGUUUACUGGAGGCAGAGAAGGAACCCUCAAAGGCUACGACGCCUUAAUGAAUCUUGUAUUGGACGACGUAUCAGAAACACUGCGCGACGAUGAAGGAAACACAACUACAAGACCACUAGGAUUAGUAGUCGCUCGAGGAACAUUGUUGGUAUUGGUUUCGCCGAUGGAUGGAAGCGAGGAGAUUCCCAACCCGUUUGCGCAGGCCGAGGAGUGA